ACAAUGAUUUACUAGGGUAAGGGGCUCCCUCUUGAGCAAUUACAUACAUUUCAAGAGAGGAAAAAGCCAAAGAGCACAGCGGAUCUCAGCCACUGGAAGGAAAACAAGGAUGGAUCCUAAACCUAAGGGUUGGAGACUGGUGAAGAUCGAAGGAGUCCCCUUGGCUGAGUUAACUGCGAAGAACUGGAAUCAAAUAAAAGACUUCCAAGCUCGGCCUGAUGAUGUUCUCAUCUGCACUUUCCCCAAAGCAGGAACCGCCUGGAUCCAGGAAAUUGUGGAAAUGAUCCUGCAUGGAGGUGAUUCACAGAAAUGUGAUCAGCUUCCCAUCUACCAACGGAGUCCCUUCUUAGACCUGUUCCUUCCAAAACCCCUUCUCUCAGGUGUCAAAGAGGCAGAGGAAAUGCCCUCCCCACGGAUCCUGAAAACUCACCUGCCGGCCAAGCUCUUGCCACCUUCUUUCUGGAAGCAAAAUUGCAAGAUCAUUUAUUUGGCCAGGAAUAUCAAGGAUAAUGCUGUCUCUUCCUUCUGCUUCCGUCGCAUGAACCAGCUUGCUCCCAAUCCAGGAGAUUGGAACAAUUUUUUGGAGAAUUUCAUUGCUGGGGAGUGGACGUAUGGCUCGUGGUUUGACCAUGUUUGUGGUUGGUGGGAAGCUAAAGACCACUAUCCAAUUCUGUACCUGUUCUAUGAGGACCUGAAAGAAAACCCAGCCCAGGAAAUCGGGAAAGUAGCGCGGUUCUUGGGUGUAGAACUCUCAGAAUUGGUUCUGAGCCAGAUUGUGGAACACACCGCAUUCAAGAGCAUGAAAGUAAACCCAAUGACCAAUUUCUCCACCCUGCCUUCCUCUAUCCUGGACCACACGGUGUCGUCAUAUAUGAGGAAAGGAACCGUAGGAGACUGGAAGGAGCACUUGACGGUGGCUCAAAGUGAACGUAUUGAUGACAUCUGUGCUCAGAAGUUGAAGGACAGUGGAUUGAUCUUUCGCACUCAACUAUAAUCCCACCUCAGUGUUGGCUGUCCAGGCGUUCCACUCAAAGUCACUGGAUUUUAUAUGGCAGUGUAGAAGGGGCCACAGUACACACUGUACGAAGUAGCUGUUGCUUUCCAUAUAUCCGUUUAGAAGUUUCGGCAUCACAUGUGUUAAUAUCAUUUUCCAUUUGAUCCUUUGGUUACCUUUCUAUUGACCAAAAAAUAAUUACCUUUGCUUCCCCCCCCCCCGGGCUAGACCUGGUGUAGGCAUAGUAAUGUAGGCAUUGCUAUCACUUAUCUUCUGUUUGCCAAGCUGAAUUGCUUGUUUGUGAACGACACUGCAGUCUCACAUUUCCCAAUAAACAACCAGAAGUAGGUUUACAA